UCACAAACCUCAAGGAGAGAAAAAUAAUGGAAAGAGAGAAUCAAAGAGAGAAUCUCUCUUUGGUAGAUAUUUACCGGUAGUGGGUGAGGAAGGUAACUCUAAACCUUAUAAAUACAUCCACUCCACCACUUCUUUCUUUGUAGCAUCCAACUCCUAAAUCAAGAGAAAAGGAAAACACCUACCUCUGUCUGUCUCUCUUCCUUCGUUCUACCACCAAUCACGUACACAUAAUAAUACAUAUAUCAACACAACAUGCCUGUCGAUACUUCAUCACUUCCAUGCCAAGGCCAAACUGUCUGUGUCACCGGGGCUGGUGGCUUCAUUGCUUCAUGGAUUGUUAAACUUCUUCUAGAGAAAGGUUACUCUGUUAAAGGAACUGUGAGGAACCCAGCUGAUCCCAAGAAUUCCCAUUUGAGGGAGCUUGAAGGAGCUCAAGAAAGAUUAACUUUAUGCAAGGCUGAUCUCCUUGAUUAUGAGUCUCUUAAAGAGGCUAUUCAAGGGUGUGAUGGAGUUUUCCAUACUGCUUGUCCUGUCACAGACGAUCCAGAGCAAAUGCUGGAGCCAGCAGUGACUGGAACCAAGAAUGUGAUCAUGGCAGCAGCUGAGGCCAAAGUCCGACGGGUGGUUUUCACGUCUUCAAUUGGUACUGUGUACAUGGACCCCAAUAGGAGCCCUGAUGUUGAAGAGGAUUAUUGGGUCCUAAAUCCUAAUCUCAUGCAAUUAUAUGCUACAGGACCUUUUUGUCUAGUUGUAGUGCUUAAUGAGCUAGUGAAUAUUAAUAUUCUGUGUUCAGAUGAGAAGAACCCUAGAAAACAACCCUACAAGUUCACAAACCAGAAGAUCAAGGAUCUGGGCAUCGAAUUCACCCCAGUGAAACAAUGCCUGUAUGAAUCUGUUAAGAGCUUGCAGGAAAAGGGUCACCUUCCAAUCCCUAAACAAGCUGAAGACUCUGUGAAAAUUCAAUAA